UCCGGAGUGCUGCGGGAAGUCCGACUAGAGACCGCGGGUACUGAAGGCUGUGCAGUGGCUCCAGCGCCAUGUUCGGCUCCAAUCGCGGUGGCGUGCGUGGCGGACAAGACCAGUUCAAUUGGGAGGACGUGAAGACUGACAAGCAGAGGGAGAACUACUUGGGCAACUCGCUGAUGGCGCCAGUAGGCCGCUGGCAGAAGGGCCGCGACCUCACCUGGUACGCGAAGGACCGCGCGCCGUGUACCGGCCCGAGCCGUGAGGAAGAGCUGGCAGCCGUGCGCGAGGCGGAGCGUGAGGCGCUGCUGGCCGCACUUGGUUACAAGAACGUGAGGAAACAGCCCACCGGCCUGAGCAAGGAGGACUUCGUGGAGAUCUGCAAACGGGAAGGAGGAGACCCCGAGGAGAAGGGCGUGGACCGGCUCCUGGGCUUGGGCAGCGCCAGUGGCUCCGCGGGCCGUGUGGCGCUAUCCCGAGAAGACAAAGAGGCUGCCAAACUUGGGCUGUCAGUGUUCACGCACCACCGUGUGGACAGCGAAGGCCCAAGCACUGCCCCAACUGCUCCCAGGAAGAAGCCUCGCGCUGAGGACAAGGUCGAACCGGAUGCAGAGAGCCAUAAGAAAAGCAAGAAAGAAAAGAAGAAAAAGAAGAAGAAACACAAGAAACACAAAAAGAAGAAAGACAAAGAACAUAAGAGGGAGGCUGACAGCUGCUCCUCAUCUCCCUCUCCUCCCCGGCCCAGACACCAGAGACAUUCUGACUUCUCUCCCUGCUCUAAGAGGAAGCGGGAACAUAGCCAGGACAGUGGAAGGAAUCCAUCCCGCAGACGACAAGACAGAAGCUCUGAUGACUGAGAAUGGCUACACCAAAGGACACCAGAGCCCUGGAUGCCAAGUAGCUACCAGCCCACUCCCUACCUGCCCAACUAACUGUCCCUCUGUGGCUGGGAUAAGGCAGGUGGCUGCUCCCCAACAGGAUCCUGAGCCAAGCUUGCUGGAUCUUAGGAUCUAUCUUGCCAUUUGGAGGCAACUACUCCAGGUCAUAGAGUGGGUCCUGGGUUACCAGUCUAGUGGUUCUAAGAGGGUAGUGCUCUUGCCUUGUCCCCCUGCCAAGGAGGAUCUAACUGCCCAGGAGACUGUCUCUGCUGCCACAGGCCAGGCCCUUGAGGUUAGGGUGCGUGUUACUGAUUACUCCUUUUUUGUGUGUGUAUCAGCCCACUUUGUACUUAAGUAAAUGUAUUUUAAAA